ACUAGUAAUGAUGAUUGUAAUAAUGACUUUGCUUUAGAUGCUGUGGACCUCUGUGGAGUUGCAGAUUUCGUAAAGCGUAAUCGUGACUCGACGAUUCCUCUCGUGAAACCAAGAGGUGCGACUCUGAGAAUCUGUGGGCAGCAUGGGACGGUGUAUGAAGGGGAUGAAGAACAGCUUGAAGCCUGGAAAGAUUAUUACCUGCCAGAAAGGAUGGAAAUGGAGGUGAUUGGUGCCAUCGAUGACUUCCCGUGUGACGCAUUCGGUCUGCAGUUGGUGCUUUUGUUGGGUGAAGAUGGAAGGGUCUUUGCCUAUGAGGACGAGCUCUUGCACCUCGUAGCCUUGAAUUUGAGGGACCUGUUCCAACACGGGAUGGUUUUCCCCGGAAAGGAGACCUUCAAGCUCGGAGAAUGUUUUGAAGAGCCGACUGAAGAAGAAUACCAGGAAAUGAUGGAAAGUGAAGAGAUCAAACAAAUGAAGAAAUUACACACUGAGUUCAGACAAACUCUGGCGAAUGAUUUGCUGAACACCAUGAAAGAUAUCGCACAGAGCCGUGAUGUUGACAUGCGAAAGUCAGUGGGUUCAGAAGAUUUCACUUCAAGCACAAAACAAACAAUUCAAGAACAUUCUUUAAAAUGCAAUUGCACGAUGGACACACUUCAGUGUCCUUACAGGGGUUUUCACCAAUCAAACCACAGUCUUAUUGUGUUGAGAUGAAUCUGGAUUUCCAGCCCUAGAUGUAAGAGGUUGAACACAACACUUAAUUAGAUCAUAUUCCUCAAUAUCUGCUAAAGUGUAUAGAUAUGGAACAGAACACACUUCUUCCUUUAGCUGAAGUGAUCUGAUCAGAGCAGCUACAUCAGGUGCUGCAGCAAAACCACUUGAUGCUGAACACGUGAUGAUAAAUGAGAGGCAUGUCAUGCUGAACUUGGGUAAGUGAAAUACAAUUAUGUAAAUUGUAUUGUAAAUUGUGUGAUCAGAUUCCUUUUUUUUAUGUUUUGAUGCAGCCAUGAGACAGUCUAAUUUACCAACGGUGCAUUGGGAAAACUGAAAAGGUGUAUUAUUAUUAAAUGAGUAGAGUCACGAUAAUGAUAAACAAUGUAUUUCAGAUUCCAUUGUAAGGAAGAAAGUCAAGAGUAAAGGAGUGACAGGUCAGUGCAGCAACCAGUGAACUGGAAUCUAAGAGUGUAAAUUUAAUAAGAUAAGCUUUACUAUGCAUUUUAUAAAUUAUGUCAGAAAUGUGUUAUAUUCAUAAUGGACUUUUCAGAUAUGUAUUUACAGGAAUUAGAUUUUUCUUUCACAGUUAUCUCAUGGUAGCAAGUAGAAUGAUGUACAGUGUUGCUAAAGCAACAAAUACAAAAUAAUGUAGCAAACAUGUUCAGCCAAAUAAGAAAAAGUAAAACAAAGAAUACAGUUGUUGUCCAUAUUUUGCUGCUAGUGUGGAUUCUGUAUAUUAGUGAAUUUGUAGAACUGAAUGUUUUUGUGCAGAACACAAUGUUUUAUGAAUGUUUCAUAUUUUGGUAAAAACCCCGGACGAAUGAAAAUAAAUGGUUUAUGUAGA